AUGUCGCAGGAACUCCCUGAUGACCUCAGUUUGGCGUUCGACUUGGACUUGGAAGCUCCGCCGAUAUACUACAACAAGGCGGACUAUAUUCAAACUGCUUCUGGUAACAAGGUCAGCCGAAAUUCCGUACUUUGUGGGUCGCAGAAUAUCUCGCUCGUGGGCAACUCCGUUGUCAAGCCGGGAGUGGUACUCAGAGGUGACCUUCAGCUUCUCAAGAUAGGCAAGUUCGUGAUUAUUGGAGAUGGCUGCGUGCUACGGCCUUCUUACAAGAAGUACAAGGGAAACAUAGCCUUCUUUCCCAUGAGCAUCGGGGACUAUGUGACCAUUGGGCCAAAGAGCAUUGUUUGCGCUGCCCAGAUAGGUUCUUGUGUAGAUAUUGGCGAGAACUGUGUGAUUUCAAAGCGGUGCAUAUUGAAGGAUAAUUCCAUAAUUCUGCCUGGCACAAUCUUGCCGCCGGACACCAUCGUUCCUCCGCUGACAGCUUUUGGAGGCGUUCCUGGCAGGUAUUUGGGGGACAUGCCAGAGUCACAGCCAUUUGUGCAGAAGGAGCAUGCCAAAACAGAGUACAAGAGGUUCCUUCCGCUUGCAAAAGGUGGUGGAGGUGCAACUCCAACAGCUUCGACACCAAAGGCCAAAACACCCAAAAGCCCAAGCAGUGCCCAGCUGUCUCCAUAG